UGCACUAUAUAAGAAGCAAUGCAAACAUAUAUUCAUGCAGUUGUGUAUCUUAGUGCCGGAAAGCGAGACCACUCAGAAGAUUGGGGAUACCGCACACAUCGCAUUCAACAGCAUGGCGUUUUCUAAGAUAGUCGCCCUGAUGCUGGGGGUGCUGACUGCAGCUGACUUCGUGGCCUCAAAGCCCCAGAGUAGUCCAGCCAACACGUAUCUUCCUCCAGAUCAAGGCUACCAGUACCACAGACCCACCGUUCCGUUUCCGUCUCCGGGGCCCUCGGGGCCUGCACCUACGUAUCCUAGACCGUCUCCAGUCCCAGGGCCAUCGGGACCUGCACCUACAUAUCCUAGACCGUCUCCCGGUCCAAUCAGGCCUUCACCAACACCAACUUAUGGACCUCCACCACCUGUACCUCAGGGACCCCCAAGGCCGCCUCCAACAUAUGGCGGAGGCCAGGUCCUUGGUGACGAGCAUCUGCACGACCACCAUGUACCUGGCAUGCCUUAUGAUUUCAACUACGCCGUUAAGGACGAUUAUUACGGCACUGACUACUCGCACAACGCCGUUAGUGACGGAGAUGUUGUAAAGGGAGAAUACCGCGUGCAACUGCCGGAUGGACGACUGCAGAUUGUGCGGUAUACCGCUGACUGGAAGACUGGAUUUCACGCCGACGUUUCCUAUGAAGGCCAGGCUUCCUACCCUGACACUAACCGCGGACCAUACAACUAUCCGGGGCCCAGUAGUAGUGGUGGUGGUGGCGGUGGUGGCCCUUCUGCAACAUACGGUCCCCCCGGACCAUCCAGCUCUGGCUAUUGAAUCUAACGUCCCUGAUACUGAACCGUCGCAGCAGCAUUCACUCAGAAAUACAAGAGCCAUGGAUUUAUACUGAUUCCCAUUUUAACGCUCGCGUACUCUGUCCACAGUUCAUUAAAUCACUGAGAAUGGAACUCAAGCAGGAGUGCUUGUUAACAUAGCAACCCGGUGACUCGAACCCUAGAUUCUUGUUCAGUAUUUAAUGGCAGCAGAAAGCAAAGAAGAGGAUUUAUGACGAAGUCUAAAGGUGGGACUUAAUACAGGUAUAUGAAUCUGAACAGAUUAAUUUUAGGGAAUAGAAUUCAUUCCUGAUCUGAUGUCAGUUAACAACCUACCAUCGAACCCUCUUUACCACAGAUAAUAUACUCGUAAUAUUUUCUACGUGUCAGGUACUCCGAAGUUACAGAAAUCAUUUAAGUGGGUUAAUUUGCUGGACAGUAUCUAUAAAGUCCCAUAUGUUAUUUGGAUUUUUAGUAGGUUUCCUAGAAACUUCAAUAAUGAUUCAAUCUCUCCAAAUACAUUGAUCAAUAUUUCACGUAAACACCUCUCUGAAGAAUAAUGUUCAGUUGAUCUGAGACUAAUACAUUAAAGUUAACGUUUCAUUUAUGCAGUUCUACUUCUCUGAAAUGGAGAUCAAAAUUACAAAAGAAUGAUGACUUUAACUCACAGUGUCAUCGUCUUUAACUUAAUAUUAGUCGAAGAAUGUCGUCUUCUGGGAUGUGAGAAUUAAAUCUUGUGUGAACCGACGUUUCGGAGGAACGUAUCGCCGCCAUCUUCCGGGCAGAAAAACACGACAGCGAGGAAGCUGGAGCCACCUGCUUACGCUGGUUCCUCCCUUGCGGAUUUUCUGCCCUGAAUAUGGAGGCGAUACGUUCCUCCGAAACGGCGCCACACCCAAGAAGACAACAUUAUUCAUAGUCACCGGUGUGAAAACCUCAAAUCUUACAUUGAUAUUAGUCCUACUUGCAGGAAGGUUUUUCAUUCAUAUUUAUAAUUGUGUGGAUAUACAGACUUCUUAGGUAUUUCUCAGAUUCAUGUCACCAGAAAACUGCUCUAAAUAUUCAUUUCUGUCUUCACGGAAGUUUCACUUUAAUGCUGGCAAUACAGCUUUAUGGCAAUACGAUAAUGAUUUUAAUAUGUUACUAAAUAUUUAUUUCUCCUUCCGUUUUAAAAAUAGCAAUUUCUUCUAUGGUAACACAUAGGAAUCUACUUAUUAUAACAUAAAAUAUAUAAACCUACAUAGAAGCCUAUUAAUUUUACAUUAACAGGAAAAAGUAAACAUGCAUUUCAGCUGUAGGUUUAUUCAACACAAGCAUCAAUUUUGUAAUAAAAUCAGUGGUAUCAUGCAAACUUGGCUAAUUUAAAAUCUUCCACAAGAUGUUAUAUUUGUAAAAUAAAACUGUUAUACCUAUAUACUGUAAUAAAAAUAAACUGGUCAUAUGAUCAGAGUAGACAGGAAUGUAUUUUUAUAUUAACUCCACAUGUGUCUAAUUUUGUAUGUGUUAAAUAUUACUGUAUAUAUGACAUUUUUGUUUUAACUGUAAACAAAAUAAAUAGCACAUUUGUCGCCUCAGGCAAUUAACAGUAUAAACUGAAAAGUAAUAUUGUACUUAAAAAAUUAAACAACCUAU